AUGAGGCACAACGACUUCACAGAUUUGACUAUCGUUGAGACUUGGAUGGAAGUGGAAGCUCACCAGUUCGAUUCUCCAGUUCGGGCCAUCGUUGGCCAAAUGAUAGUCAACCCGAUUCAUGGAAUAGCUCCCGAUGAGAAAAUAAUUCAAUCAGAGACCGAGAAGCUGCAGAAUGUCCUCGAUGUUUACGAAGAGAGGCUGUCGAAAAGCAAGUACCUCGCAGGCGAUAACUACACAAUGGCCGACCUGAACCACAUUCCAUAUUUGGUGUACUUCAUGAGAACUCCUAAAGCCAAUGUGAUCAGCUCCCGUCCACAUGUGAAUGCGUGGUGGGCAGACAUCUCUUCAAGACCAGCUGCGGUGAAAGUCGCUGAAGAGAUGAAUCUGUUUAUAAGAAAGGUUCAAGAGCAUAAGGGUGUUCUUGUACCUUGA